AUGGAUAAAAAAUAUUCUUAUUUUAUCAUAAAUAUAGUUCUUAUUUUGUUUUCGGUGAUCCCUUUUAUUACAACAUUUAAAUGUCGACUUUAUGGAGUAGAUCAAUCAUCACUCGAAACAACAUUUACUGAAAUAAUUAAUUCAACAUCCUAUGAUCGUAUUAUAAAUUUAGGUCGUGUAUCAUUUUCUGGUACAGCAACAUCAGUAAAAAUUGACAAUCAAAAAUAUGUUAGUACAUAUCAUACUUCCAAUAGUUUGGGUGUACCCCAUUACUUUCUAUUAAUAAUUGAUAUACAUACAAAAUCGAUCAAACUUAAUUUAACAUUAAAUGAAAAACGUGAUUCUGGAUCAUUUUGGCAAAUAGCUGCACCUAAUAGUAAUGAAAUUGUUGGUAUAAGAGAAAGUUUUCAUGCUGGAUCAAGUUUAGAAGUAGCCAAAAUUAAUCAAACGAAUGGCCUAAUGGAAACUAUUGGAACAUAUCCAUAUGGUUCAUAUAGUUUAGUUAUGGUCUAUGCAUCAAAACGUCGUCUAUAUUACAAUGUAAUUGAAUCAACAUUCUAUGCUGUCAAUAUUGAUACAGGAAAAUUAGAUAUAAACAUUCGAAUACCAAAUGGUUAUACAAUAUAUGCAAUAGAUUAUGAUUCUGUUAAUGAUCGUUUAAUUGCUCUCGUUUAUUCGUCCUCAAUUACAAAUGGUUGGAUUUUAACUCAACUCACAAUAACAGCAAAAAAUGAGAUAAGAUUUGAUCCUAUUGGUAAAACAAUAAUCCCAUUUGAAAAAUAUCUAUGGACAACAACAUAUACAAUGAAUACCAAUGAACGUUUAUGGAUAACAAUAUGGAGUAUAAAAGAUAGCAAUAAAAAUAUUUUUAUCGUAUUCAAUAUUGAUACUGGAAAUAUAAUGGAAAAAUGGGAAACAAAUUUAAAUCAUUUUAGUAAUUUAGUUUGUUUUGAUUAA